AUGGUGUUAGCUGAUUUGGGCAGAAAAAUUCGAAAUGCCAUUGGCAAGCUUGGACAAUCCACUGUAAUCAAUGAAGAGGAGCUCGACCUUAUGCUCAAAGAGGUCUGCACUGCUCUUAUCGAAUCAGAUGUUCAUAUUCGAUUAGUCAAGCAACUCAAGGAUAAUGUCAAAAACGCGAUGAAUUUUGACGAAAUGCUCGGAGGUGCCAACAAACGCCGUUACAUUCAGAAAACAGUGUUCAAUGAGCUUUUGAAACUUGUCGACCCUGGAGUCACUCCGUUCACUCCAACCAAAGGAAAGCGUAACGUCUUUAUGUUCGUCGGUCUUCAAGGUUCUGGAAAAACCACAACGUGUACCAAAAUGGCGUACUAUUAUCAAAGAAAAGGUUGGAAGACAUGUUUAAUCUGUGCGGAUACAUUCCGUGCUGGAGCUUUCGAUCAAUUGAAACAAAACGCAACAAAAGCUCGAAUUCCAUUCUACGGCUCGUACUCGGAAAUUGAUCCCGUCAAAAUUGCUGCGGAAGGAGUUGAAAAAUUCACACAAGAAGGCUUUGAAAUCAUAAUUGUUGAUACAUCUGGUCGUCACAAGCAAGAAGCAUCACUUUUCGAAGAAAUGCUUCAAGUUUCAAAUGCUGUGAAUCCAGAUAAUGUGGUUUUCGUUAUGGAUGCCUCUAUCGGUCAGGCUUGUGAGGCUCAGGCUCGUGCUUUCUCGCAAACCGUUGACGUUGCCAGUGUUAUAAUUACCAAAUUGGAUUCUCAUGCAAAAGGAGGAGGAGCACUCUCGGCUGUUGCCGUCACAAAAUCCCCAGUAAUAUUCAUCGGUACUGGCGAACAUAUCGAUGAUUUCGAAAUCUUCAAACCAAAAUCUUUCGUUCAAAAACUGCUCGGAAUGGGUGACAUUGCUGGACUUGUUGAUAUGGUCAACGACAUUGGAAUGCAAGACAACAAAGAACUCGUUGGGCGACUCAAACAAGGGCAAUUCACUCUUCGUGACAUGUAUGAACAGUUCCAGAAUAUUAUGAAAAUGGGACCUUUCAGUCAAAUUAUGAGCAUGAUUCCUGGUUUUGGACCAGAAUUCAUGACGAAAGGAAAUGAGCAAGAAUCAGUAAAUAGAUUGAAGAAAAUGAUGACAAUAAUGGAUUCCAUGAGUGAUCAAGAAUUGGAUCAUCCUAAAGCUUCGGAUUUGUUCACAAAAGAGUCGAAACGGGUGAUACGAGUUGCUCGUGGAUCAGGAACAUCGCAAUUGGAAGUGAAGGAGCUUCUCGGCCAAUACAAAAAGUUCUCGGAUGUUGUGAAGAACAUGAAAUCUAUCAAAGGAUUGUUCAACGGCAAAAACGGCGAUAUCAACCCGAAGAAUGUCAAUCCACAACAGAUGAUGAAAUUGAAUCAGCAGAUGGCAAAAAUGAUGGAUCCAAGAGUUUUGCAACAAAUGGGAGGAAUGAGCGGUCUUCAGAAUAUGAUGCAGCAAAUGUCACGUUCUGGAAAAAUGUGA